AUGAUCCGGGCGCUCCUUCAGGACUGCCAUCUUCGACUGCGGAAAUAUAAAGGGGUUCUGAGCCAAGCGAUCGCUAAAUGCACUGAUCUCAUCGGCGAAGACGGAACUAUGCUGUUGAAACAGGCGAUUGAUAAACGGGCCAGAGAACUACGAGCACAACGAGAUAUCGAGCUGGCAGAAGAGCUUCGAAAUAUCAGCCGCACGUUUCAGGAGGAGAACGACGUCCUAGUCCACAAUCUAUCCUCCAAAGAGCUGACUCCUGAACAACUAAAAGUGCUGAGUCACGAGGCCUGCUUCAAUACCACAGACGCCGAUCCGGUCAACCUCGUGGCAACAGUGGAAUCGAGUUUCAAACAAACCGAGGAAUCCGACGAAACAAAACACCUUGUUCGGCAACAGGUAACCGCCUUGGUGAUGGCCCACAAACCACGCGCAAAUAUCACCAGAACGGAACAGGAUGCCCUCAAGAAACUGAGGGCCGACACGAGCAUUGUAGUACUGCCAGCAGACAAAGGACGUUCUACAGUUGUCUUGGACAAGGCCGACUACAUUCAGAAGGCUAACACCCUGCUGGAUGAUCGACAGGCCUACCUCCAAUGUGAUGAUGAGCCGAUGAGGAAGCUGCUGACGCAGUUGGACAAAACGCUCGCUGAAAUGCAAACGAACAAAGUAAUAAGCAAGUCAGUACGACUGGCCGUUAAACCAACAGAUGCAGCCGCACCAAGGUUCUACGGACUACCCAGAGUGCACAAGGUCGAUGUCCCCCUCCGACCAAUCGUGUCACUUCGCGGCACUUCAACAUUCAAUCUGGCUAAAUGGCUGUUCCGACACCUGAGGCCUCUCACCUCAGGCGCAACCACAACGGUCUGUUCAGCUACCCAGUUUCUGGAACGGCUCAGAGGGACGCGACUCACUGCAGACGAGGUCAUGGUGUCAUUUGACGUCACCUCUCUCUCUUCACUUCAAUCCCGCAGGACCUGGCCAUGGAAACGGUCAGCGAAUUACUCGAGAGGCAGUAUGACGAGACGGACAAGUCCGUGAAGCGGAGACAUCUAGUCCAACUAUUAAAGUUCUGCCUGAAGAAGUACUUCACCUUCGAGGGGACCAUGUACGAACAAAUUAAGGGGACGCCGAUGGGAUCGCCUCUCUCCGGCUUCAUCGCUGAGGCAGUUCUGCAAAAACUAGAGAGCCUGGUUUUCACCACUCAAAAGCCAAAGUUUUGGACUCGGUACGUCGACGACACCUUCGUCAUCAUCAAGCGAGAAAUGAUCGAGGAAUUUCACAUCGUCCUGAAUUCCGUCUUUCCUGACAUCCAAUUCACGAUGGAGGCGGAAAACAACAACCAGCUGCCGUUUGUGGACGUUCUUGUCCAUCGAAAGCCCAACGGGAACAUAAAAACGACGUUGUACAGGAAGGCUACCAACACACGCCAAAUCCUAACCUAUCACAGUAAACACCCGUCACAAACGCAGCUGUGUGCAGACUCUCUACAGUACAGCAGAAACACUGCAGCGAACCGGAUGACAGAAGGACAGAACUCCGCUAUCUUCAGCGCCUUUUCAUUUCCAACGGAUACCCCCGUAACUUUAUCGAGCGCAGCAGGCAGAAUAAAAAGCGGAGGUUACGGAGAAAAUUCCUCUCGGAUAGGAGCUCUGUGUCAAAAAUGCGUACAAAGCACAGGGGAAUCUUGUUAUGAGGUUACUCCUUGGGACGCGGCGUAUUUUCCAGAAAGACUUACUGAAUCGGGCCGCAGAAAAUCCGAAUUUAUUCUAUGGUUACAUAAGAAGAAGCAAACGAAACAGAGAUCCAAUCCCGUUACUGAAAACUAUUGACGACCUAGAACUCAUUGAAGGCGGAGAAAAGGCAGAGCACCUUUCACAAAUUUUAAGUCCAUCUUUACGAAGGAGAGCACAUUUCUCCCUUCCGACUGCGACAUAGUGGACGGGCCAACAACCGUACACGUCUCUUUCGCCGAAGCUAUUGUUCGCAAAGUACUGUUGAGCCUGGAUGAGUCCAAAUCACCUGGGCCGGAUAACAUACCGCCGAAAUUGUUGAAGGAGCUUGCUGGAGAAGUAUCUAAGCCGCUGUCCAUGCUCUUCCAAGCUUCGUUCGAAGCAGGCUACUUGCCCGCCGAUUGGAAAUCCGCAAGGAUCACGGUAAUUUAUAAAGACUGUAACAAGGUCUUAGCAAACAGCUACAGACCAAUCAUGCUUACUUCAAUUUGCUGCAAAAUUAUGGAAAAAAUAAUUAAGCGGGAAAUAAUGCACUUCCUAGAAGAGCAUAAUCUGCUAUGCGAUGCCCAGCAUGGAUUUCGUGGAGGCAGAUCAUGCGUGACAAAUCUACUUUAUUGUUUAGAUUGCUGGACCCGGGCAGUUGAUGGCGGCAAUGCAGUGCACGCAGUCUACGUCGACUUUAAGAAGGCAUUCGACAGUGUACCACAUCAGCGUCUCCUGUACAAAUUAAGCCGGAUAGGCAUAAGGGGUAAUCUCCUGAGGUGGACACGAAGUUUUUCGAUCGGUCGCUCUCAAAUCGUCCACGUCGGUGACAGGCAGUCGCCGGAGGUAGCGGUUGAAAGCGGUGUUCCGCAAGGCUCCGUUCUUGGCCCUACCUUAUUCAUUAUAUACUUCAACGACUGCGUCAGUGAACUGAAUUGUGAUGUCGCCAUGUUCACUGAUGAUGUAAAACUUUGGAGCGUCAUCCCAACUGAAUUGGACGAAGAGCGCUUGCAGGCAGACCUGACCCGACUCUAG